UUCGAAACUUCAGUCUGACUGGAUGCUGAUGCUAUUUUUUGCACAUACCCAUUUGACUGUGACAGUCACCAUUGGGUUACUUUUGAUUCCAAAGUUUUCACAUUCAAGCAAUAAUCCAAGAGAUGAUAUAGCAACAGAAGCAUAUGAAGACGAACUUGACAUGGGCCGGUCAGGAUCGUACCUGAACAGCAGUAUCAAUUCAGCUUGGAGUGAGCACAGCUUGGACCCUGAGGAUAUUCGGGAUGAGCUAAAGAAACUCUAUGCUCAGCUGGAAAUCUACAAAAGGAAGAAGAUGAUUACAAAUAAUCCACACCUCCAGAAAAAGCGGUGCUCAAAAAAGGGCCUUGGCCGUUCCAUCAUGAGGCGCAUCACCGAGAUCCCAGAAACUGUCAGCAGACAAUGCUCUAAGGAGGAUAAGGAGGUCACGGACCACAAUGUAACCAAAAAUGCUGUCAUUGUGAGGAAAAACCCCCAGGAGUCCUCUGGUGGCAUUGUAAAGGCAAAGGAAGAAUCUCUGAAAAACCGUGUCUUCUCCUUAAAGAAGUCCCACAGCACCUAUGAUCAUGUUAGAGACCAGUCAGAAGAGUCCAAUAGUAUACCAACAGAAAAUGAAGUAGAGACCACAGAGAACUCUCUACUGGACUCCCUUCCAGGAAAAAAGAUCAACAAGAGAGUUACAGAAAACAUGGAGUCUUCGUCCACUGAAUCAGUCCCUUUGGUGUGUAAGUCGGCAAGUGCUCACAAUCUAAGCUCAGAGAAGAAGCCUGGGCACCCAAGAACAUCUGUAUUACAAAAGUCACUCAGUGUUAUAGCAAGUGCCAAGGAGAAGACUCUUAGUCUGACUGGGAAAACAUCACUUCAAGGCCUGGAAGAAAAUGAUAAGUCCCCCAAACCACCACUCAAAGGCAAAGAGUUCAACCGAAAACAUUCCAACCCUGAUAAAAUAGAGACUAAAGAUUCUGCCUGGAAAAAUUCCACUCAUUCUGAAGAGCUAAGGAAACCCCCCAAAUCUGGAAUUAUGAAACAACAGCGGGUGAGCGCGCCCACUAACAAUUCUGAAACAGGCCCAGGCUUGUUAAAGGAUAACUUUGACAUUGGGGAAGUAUGUCCUUGGGAGGUUUAUGACUUGACUCCAGGUCCUGUGCCUUCAGAAUCGAAAGUUCAGAAACACGUGUCUAUUGCAGCUUCUGAAAUGGAGAAAAGCAUCCCUCCCCACCCAAAGGAGAAAUUUCAGCACAAGCCUAAACCCAAUGAAGGCUAUCAGCAACCCAAUCAGAAAAGUGUUGACAAGACUGAGGUGUGCCCUUGGGAGAGCCCAGAACAGUAUGUUUUUGAAGAAGAAAAACAGCAUUUGAAUGCUAAGACUCAGGUUCUCCCAGGGGAUGGGAAAGGUGAAAAUGGUGGUCAACAUCCUUCAACCAAGGUUUGCAUAGGUCAAUAUGAUGAACUGCCUUCAAAAGUUGUAGCAUCAAAAGCAGAGCAAGAAAAUACCAACCAAAUAGGAGACCAGAAAAAAACUCCGUCUUCCUCUGAGGGAAAUAUGCUUUCAUCUGCCUCCUUUAACUCAAGUAAUAACUUUCAGCAGCCUUUAACAUCCAGAGCUGAAGUGUGUCCCUGGGAGUAUGAGACCCCAGGCUUAUCAAAUGCUGAGAGAAGUGUAGCCUUGUUGGCCUCUUCUGCUUUAAGUGCAAAUAAAACACCAACACCCCGCAAAUAAGAAGUUUGGGACACUUUUAAAGUGUAGCAUGCCCAUAAAGGAACAUUGUGAAAAAGGAAAAGAGAAAGGAGGAAACCCCGAUGUCAAUGUCCACUAAAGAUUAGGAGGGGUUUGAGAAUUCCCAAGGACAACUUGUUGAUCAAGAAGGGACAAUGCAAGAACAUAAGGUUUCAACAAGGAUAGAGAAGUUUGGAAUUGGAGAUAUGGAAGACACCUUGGGAACAAAUAUCAGAGUGACAAUUUCCCUACCCCCACACCCCCCAAAAGGAAUUUCCUUAAUAAUCUAGAGAAAAGGUACAAAUAUGAGAUGUCCCAAAAGUCGUAGUGCAGUUUUAACACUAAGACUUUUGGGAUACUAUGUAUUUAAAGAAGUGUUCGUUUAAGGUUCACCCUUCCCCAUUCCCCAUUGAAAUUUCCCUUUGAAGAUACAAAUGGAGGAAAUUCUAAAUCAUACAGAAAGAGUUUGGAAAAAAAUGAAGAAAUGAAAAAAAAUGGAUCCUUGAGCAGCUGAAUGAAAUGAACUUUUCACUUUACUCAUUUAACCUUGAUAGCACUGCUAACUUAAUGCAUCCCAAAAAUACAUUUUAUAUUACUGAUUGCUCUCAUUUUCUUAUAAAUGUAUGUUUCAGUACAUUGUUGUGUCUCAUAUUUAAGCAUUCCAGAUUGUAUAAUUUUUGCAAAUAACUUUGAUAUUAUGUGACACAACAACACGUUUAUGCAAUCUUCAGAUACUCAAUUGUUACUGCACCUUACGACAUACCUGCUAUCUACAACUUUGGUUCAUUUCUAGAAGUUCAGCAAGCUUUCCCUGGCUUGGGAGGUCAUAAUUUGGUAUGAGAAAAUUCUUUGGUUUUGGCUGUGAUUUAUCUUGUGAAUCUGGGUUUGACUCUAUUUUUCACAUCCUAGUUUGAUAUGGUAUUAUUCCAAGUUUUUCUGCAGAUAAGUUACUUGUUUUGCACUUCUAUGUUAGCACUCAGAAGCUCUAUUGAUACCGGAGAUCAAGUGGUCCUACUUAGCUGUAUAUUUCAAAGAGUUAAGGACAACUUAUCCAUUGUUUGUUAUAAGCCAGACAUGAAGCCAGUCGUUCUGGUUAAUCGUCAAUUACUAUUAUCUUUCUCAGUAUUUCGUGCUUAGCACCCCUAUCUAAAGGAAGAGCUAAGGGUGAGGAAAAUAUGCUUUAAAUUAUUAUUUUUUUGGAAAGACAAGACUCUAAGGAAUGACAUUAUUCUAGUUAUAGCUAUACUAUACAACCAGG